GCUAUGGCCCGGCCUAAGUCGUCCGGGAGCCGGAUGGACAGGCAGCUGGAGCACGAUGUGUGCGAGCUCGUCCGGCAGGUUACGGGGCUGCAGGACGAGGCGGACCCCAACUUCCAGCUGGCCCUGGACUUCGUCUGGUCCAACUUCAGAUUUCAUCGUUUCUUGGAUGUCAACAGUCACAAAGUAGAAAAAACAUUAGAAGGAAUUUAUGAAAAAUUCACCAUUCAUUCUGAUCUCAACAAAGCUGCUAGUUGGAAGAGAUUAACUAAGGAAUUUCUAAAUGCAUCUCUUCCCAGCACAGAGAAAAUAAAGACAGAUGCACAUUAUUCCAUACUGUCACUCCUUCUAUGUCUGUCUGAUUCCCCUUCAAACAGCAAUUAUGUGGAAACACCGAGAGAGAAAGAAGUGGAAAAGAAGGAUGAUUUUGACUGGGGGAAGUACUUGAUGGAAGGUGAAGAAAUUGGCCUUGGUCCAAAUAUUGAUACUCCGAAUUGGUCUGAAGACAGUGAUGAUGAAGAUGCACAGCAGCCCUUGAGCAGAGAAGACUCUGGGAUACAGGUAGACAGGACCCCAUUAGAAGAACAAGACCACAACAGGAAAGGGGGGCCUCAAGUCUGCUGGGAAGAUGAGCCAGAUAGCCGGAGCUGGCUGGAACAGCAUGUAGUCCAUCAGUACUGGACAACCAGGCGCUUCCGAAUUCCACACAGUGCACAUUUGCACUCCAAUUUAGCUGCUGUCUGGGAUCAACACCUUUACAGCAGUGACCCGCUGUAUGUUCCAGAUGACAGGGUGGUGGUUACUGAGACACAGGUCAUUCGGGAAACCCUAUGCUGCUUACGAUCUGUGCUGGAACAAAUAGCAGCGUAUGGCCAGGCUGUGUUUCGGCUCCAGGAGUUCAUUGAUGAAGUCAUGGGGCACAGCUCUGAAAGCCCACCACCAGGAAAUGGCCCCAUACCUAAGAAGCAACCUGACGCUCCCUUUAGAACCUACCAGGCCUUCAUGUGGGCCCUCUACAAAUACUUCAUUAACUUCAAGGAGGAGCUUACAGAGAUUGAGAAGUGUGUCAUCAGUGGUGAUACAACGAUAACACUUGCAAUAGUGGUGAACAAGUUGGCACCUCGAUUGGCGCAGCUAAAGGUCCUGGACAAAGUGUUUAGUACUGGAGUGGCAGAAGUUCCACCUGAUACUCGCAAUGUCGUCCGGGCAUCUCACCUGCUGAACACCCUGUACAAGGCCAUUCUUGAAUAUGACAAUGUUGGAGAAGCCUCUGAACAAACUGUCUCCCUCCUGUUCUCUCUCUGGGUGGAAACAGUGAGGCCCUACCUACAGACUGUAGAUGAAUGGAUCGUCCAUGGACACCUAUGGGAUGGUGCAAAGGAGUUUAUCAUACAGAGGAAUAAAAACGUUCCAGUAAAUCACAGAGACUUCUGGUAUGCAACAUACACACUAUAUAGUGUAUCUGAGAAGACAGAGAAUGAAGACAAAGUGAGUGACAGUGCCAGCGCCAGCUCUGGCAGUGACCAGGGGCCCUCGAGCAGACAGCACACCAUGGUGUCUUUCCUGAAGCCUGUCCUAAAGCAGAUCAUAAUGGCUGGCAAGUCAAUGCAGCUGCUGAAGAACCUCAACCGUGCAGAGGGCCCUGCGUGUCAGGCAGCAGCCAGAGAUGCAGAAAGAAAAAGCUUAUAUACCCUCUUUCUGGAAUCUAUACAGUUACGUCUUCAACAUGGAGAAGAUUCUGCUCCACACAUUCUUAAUGAAGAGCAAACAACCAAAGAGAACCUUAUAAAGAUGCAGUCCAUUGCUGAAAGGCAUCUUGAGCUAGAUGAUAUUCAUGACCCACUGCUGGCCAUCAACUUUGCGAGGUUGUAUUUGGAGCAGAGCGACUUUCAUGAAAAGUUUGCUGGUGGUGACAUAUGCGUGGAUAGAUCAUCAGAGUCUGUGACCUGCCAGACUUUUGAAUUAACACUGAGGUCUUGCCUCUACCCUCACAUUGAUAAACAGUAUCUGCAUUGCUGUGGAAAUCUCAUGCAAACCUUAAAGAGAGAUUUCAGGCUGGUGGAGUACUUGCAGGCCAUGAGGAAUUUUUUCUUAAUGGAAGGUGGAGACACCAUGUAUGACUUCUAUACUUCAAUUUUUGAUAAAAUAAGAGAAAAGGAAACCUGGCAGAAUGUGUCUUUUCUUAAUGUGCAGCUCCAAGAAGCAGUAGGACAACGCUAUCCUGAAGAUAGUUUACGUUUAUCUAUAUCUUUUGAAAAUGUUGAUACAACUAAGAAGAAACUACCCGUUCAUAUCUUAGAUGGUCUUACCCUAAGCUACAAGGUCCCAUGGCCCGUGGACAUUGUUAUAAGUGUAGAAUGUCAAAAAAUUUAUAAUCAGGUGUUCCUUCUCCUAUUGCAAAUAAAAUGGGCAAAAUACAGCCUGGAUGUUCUACUAUUUGGUGAACUGGGUAAUGCUGCUGAAAGAUCCCAAGCAAAGGAAGACAUUCUACGUGAUCAGGACACACCCUCCCAGUUUGGACCACCAAAAGAGUCAUUAAGACAGCAGAUUCAUCGCAUGUUUCUCUUAAGAGUGAAGCUCAUGCACUUUGUGAAUAGUUUACACAACUACAUCAUGACUAGGAUUCUUCACAGUACAGGGCUGGAGUUUCAGCAUCAAGUUGAGGAAGCCAAAGAUUUAGAUCAGUUGAUUAAAAUUCACUACAGGUAUUUGUCAACCAUCCAUGAUCGAUGUCUGCUGAGAGAAAAGGUCAGCUUCGUGAAAGAGGCCAUCAUGAAAGUGUUGAACUUGGCGCUCAUGUUUGCAGAAGGUUGGCAGGCAGGCCUAGGGGCUUGGCAAAUGGAAUCUAUAGAGAAAAUGGAAUCAGACUUUAAAAACUGCCACAUGUUUCUGGUAACCAUCUUAAAUAAAGCUGUCUGUAGAGGAUCUUUUCCCCACUUGGAAUCUCUUGCAUUGUCGCUCAUGGCUGGCAUGGAGCAAAGUUAAAUAUCUCUAAUUUAAUAAGAACCUUAGACUUCAGCAUCAUCCAUGUACAUAUUCACUGUUUGCAGCUGAGAAAUAAGAAUCUUUUUAUUUUUAUUUAUUUUUAUUGUUAAACCUGUCUAGACAAAUGGAUUGUAGGUAUUUUUCUGAAGAUUAUUAUCGAAUAUGUAGUUAUGUAUAUAAUAUUAUAUAUCUAAUUGUAAAAUAUAAAGGGGUUGUAUUAAAAAUAGACUACUAAUAUUUCUUCAAAAGAUUGACUUAUUUUAAUGUAUAUGAGUAUUUUGCCUGCUUGUAUAUAUGUGCAUACCCGGUGCUCAGAAGCAAUAAAAGAACAUCAGAUACCCUGUAAGUUUUACAUUUCCUCUUACCUAAAAGUUGUCUUAGAUUUGACUAUCCUGGAAGUAUUUUUAUGUGCAUAGAAAAUCCCAAAAGAAAAAUAACAACCAAUAUCAGUAUAUAAACUACUUUACUUAAGGCCAGCUGUUAUAUAUCGAUUUUUGGCAUUUAUUAGCUAACCAGUAAUAUCUCAAAUAAAAGUAUGUACAUCAUCCCA